AUGAAUGGCCCAGCAGAUUCCUCAAGCCUACUUUUGAACUGCUCAAAUCAAUCAAGUUUCUCUUUGGAAACCUCAGAGCAAUGCGGUAAAGAGACACACCUCGAGAACAUUCUUUUUGCCACUUUCUACUUCCUGGACUUCAUCCUGGCUUUUGUUGGCAAUGCCCUGGCUCUUUGGCUCUUCAUCCGGGACCAAAAGUCAGGCACACCUGCCAAUAUUUUCCUGAUGCAUCUUGCUGUGGCUGACCUGUCCUUUGUGCUGGUACUUCCCACCCGGCUGGUGUACCAUUUUUCGGGUAAUCACUGGCCGUUUGGUGAGAUCCCAUGCAGACUCACCGGCUUCCUUUUUUACCUCAACAUGUACGCCAGUAUCUACUUCCUCAUGUGUAUCAGCAUUGACCGUUUCCUUGCCAUCGUGCACCCUGUGAAGUCCAUCAAGCUCCGCAGGUCCCUUUACGCCCAUUUGGCAUGUGCCUUCCUAUGGGUUAUAGUUGGGGUUGCGAUGGCCCCCCUGCUGCUCAGUGUGCAGACAGUCGAGAUGAAAAACACAACCGUGUGCCUGCAGCUCUACAGAGAAAAGGCCUCACGCCACGCCCUCGUGUCCUUAGCGGUGGCAUUCACCUUCCCGUUCGUUACUACAGUGACUUGCUACCUACUAAUCAUCCGUAGCCUCAAGAGUGGCACCAGAGUCGAGAAACACCUGAAGGAAAAAGCAAUCAAAAUGAUCAUCAUGGUCCUGAUCAUCUUUCUCAUUUGCUUUGUACCUUAUCAUGUCAAUCGCUACAUUUAUAUUCUCCACUACAACGGGACCAAAACUUCUUGUGAAACACAGCGUAUUCUAGCCCUCAGUAACCGCAUCACUUCCUGCCUCACGAGUCUAAAUGGUGCCUUUGACCCAGUUAUGUAUUUUUUUGUAGCUGAGAAAUUCCGUGAGGCUUUGUGCAAUCUGUUUUGCGUUAAAAAGACUGUAACGCUGCCUCAAACUUUCGAAGGUAAGACAAACGAAAGUUCACUAAGUGCUAAAUCUGAACUGUGA